CGGUGUUUAACUUCCUUCACAGCGACGAUAAGGUCAGACCUCUUUUCAGCUCUGAGGGAAACUUUCCAUAUCGACUAGCCCUAUUGACUGGGGAUACUAGCCUAAUUGAUAACGCAGAUUGUGUGGAAUAGAGAGGAAUCUGCUUCAUUUCCACCCUCCAAUGGCUGACAACGUCAUUCCAAGCUUUAAGGCAGCAGAUCUGGUUAUCCAGCUGUCUUCCACUCCGAAGACCAAACCUGAAGUCUCCACCUUUGGGUCCGUCUUCACUGACCACAUGCUGACCAUCGAGUGGAGUGGGACUGAGGGCUGGCAGGCUCCACUUAUUAAGCCCUUUGGGAACAUGUCCCUCCAUCCAGCCUGCUCAUCACUACACUAUGGUGUUCAGCUGUUUGAAGGCUUGAAGGCCUAUCGUGGGGAUGACAACCAUCUGCGCCUCUUCAGACCGAUGCUUAACAUGAAUCGCAUGUCCAAGUCUGCUAAGAGAGCUUGUCUCCCUACUUUUGAUCAGUCAGAGUUCCUGGAGUGUAUCAGGCGUCUGGUAGAGAUUGAUCAGGACUGGGUUCCUUACUCAGACUCAGCAGGACUGUACAUAAGACCAACAUUUAUUAGCACUGAGCCCUCUCUGGGUGUGAAGAAGCCCAGCCACGCCUUGCUGUAUGUGAUCUUGUGUCAAGCGGGGGCUUAUUUCAACAAUGAGGCAGAGGCUCUGUCCUUGUGGGCCGACCCAAAGUACACACGGGCUUGGAAAGGAGGAACUGGAGACUGCAAGAUGGGAGGGAAUUACGGAUGUUCUUUGCUGGCCCAGUAUGAAGCAGUGGAUUAUGGGUGUCAGCAGGUGCUGUGGCUCUAUGGAGAGGACCACCAGAUCACUGAAGCAGGGACCAUGAACAUCUUCCUCCACUGGAUCAAUGAGGAUGGAGAGGAGGAACUUGCUACCCCACCGUUGGACGGCAUCAUACUUCCAGGUGUUACCCGGCAGAGCAUCCUGGAACUAACCAGGAAAUGGGGUGAGUUUAAGGUGACAGAACGCUACCUGACCAUGAGCCAGCUGUGCUCCGCACUGGAGCAGCAGCGCGUCAGAGAGAUGUUUGGCUCUGGAACGGCGUGCAUGAUCUGCCCCAUAGGACACAUUGUGUAUCAGGGGACGGACUUGCAUAUCCCUUGUCAGGAUAAAAACCCACAGCUGACUGUAAAGAUAGCGAAAGAACUCACAGAUAUACAGUAUGGACGCACGCCCAGUGACUGGACCUUCCUGGUGUAGCAGUGGGACACACAUGUGGAAAACAACAAGAGUCUGUACAAGACAAACUAUUAGGCAACAAGCAAAGACAUCAUGUACAUAUAUAAAUAAGAAAAUAAUGAAUGUGCAAUAUUUGCAGCCUAACUGCAAUAUGCUAGAAAACUACUCUGGCAUUAGUGUCACACCACACAACUGUCCAAAACAAUUAACAAAAGUGGGCUAAUACUGUAUAAUGCAAUACUUCACAAUAACUUACAGAAACACAGCCACCAGGGCUUAUUCUGCUGCCUCUUAUCUCUUCAACCAACAUGCAGGAUACAGCUGUGGCUUCAACAGACAUUUAACUCCAACACAUGUAAAAGUUACAGAGAGGUUUGUAACACUUGUGUAAGAGUUACAGAACAGCUACAGUCAAGUUUGUUUUAUCAAAGUUUUACUGUUUAGAAAGAUGGUACAAAGAGAGCUUAUUGUUUCUGAUUCAUGGAUAAGAUAAGAUAAUGCUUCAUUGUCCGCUUGCACAGAAUUUUGUUUUGCAU